UUUUCUGCGGACACCCGCAAUGAUGAUACCCCCUGGCUAGUUUUCUGUGACCUUCCUAUUGCAUUCCGUGCUUCACAACAAGAAAAAAAGAGAACACCAACACACCGCCACGGGUGAUUCAGCCACCCCACGAACUAAACCACCAGCAUAAGCAUAAGCCCCUCCCUAAUCCUAAAACACUCAAGACCCCUCAGCUAGAACCCCCACCAAACCAACACCACCACCAACGAACCUCCACCGCUCCACUCCACAACCUCCUUUUCCUCCCCAGUCCAGUCCCGUGCCUUCCUCGCAACAUUUUCCUUGGUCCUUUUUCGUUCUCUCCCAAUUAACCAACCUCCCCCCCCCCCUGUCCUCGAUCCAAAAACCUAAACAGGAGAAAGAAAAAAGAGAAAGGAAAAACAAAACUUUGAAAUACUCGAACCAUGGCACCCGCCGGCGAUCUCCUCUCGGACCCUGAAAUCGCGCAAGCGUACGAGGACGUGCGGUCCGACAAGUCGCCGCUCACGUGGCUGGUGCUCAAGUACGCCUCCGCAACAUCAGAUUCCCUGACGCUGGCGAAGACGGGCGAAGGUGAAAUCAGCCAAGUGUGCGAGGAGCUGGCCGACGACGAAGCCGCGUAUGCCUACGUGAGGAUGAAGCUGGGCAAUGACGAGUAUUCGGAACGCACGAAAUUUGUGUUUGUGGUUUGGGCUGGCCCCCAAACAAAAAUCAUGCGCAAAGCCAAGAUGAGUUUCCAAAGCGGCCAAGUCAAGCAAGUAAUCCGCACCUACGCCGUCGAAAUCCAAACCAGCGAUAAACGCGAACUCGACGCCGACGCCGUGACGAUGAAGCUUCGCAAGGCCAUGGGUGCGAAUUGUAAGUCUAUCUUCUUCUUCCUCCUUUCAGCUUUUUACCCCCCUUUGAAAUUGCAAAGUAUCUGCUGGAUGAGUUUUUUUUUGUGGCUAAUUUGUGUGAAUCUUUUUUCUAAUUUUUUUUUUUAG